AUGUUGUUUAAUGAUAUCUGUUAUCACGUGGAAGCGCCGCGAAUGGAAAAAUCAUGUGGCGGGCUAUGCAUGGAGAUGACGUUUCCAUUGAACAACAUCGUCCAAAUCGUGCGCGGCUGCUACGAGGACUUUUUCAGCGGCGUGGCGCCGACCGUGGCUGAGGGAUGCGAAUUCAGCAUCGGCAAUGCGACGACAGCCCUGCAAUUCAGCACCAUCGAGACGCCGAUCACGAGCGCCAGCUUUUGCGACUGGAAAACGGGGGCGAAUGGGGGGCUGCCCUGCAAUGUUCGGUACUACACCGGCUACCAGCCGGGUGAAGUGCGGACGCUUGGUGGGGAUCGUGCGAUGACACAGGCCAUCUGUGAGAAGGAGGUCCGCGGAACAGGGGUCACUUGCAAGUCAUGCGUGAAGAUCGGCGCCAAUGGGGAGUGCUCUGGGAAGACGAGCUCGACUUGUACCGAGGGGAGAUACUGUGUGAAAAUCAAGGGGACGGCUGGCAAAACCCAAGUCGAGAUGCGAGGUUGCUCCGCAGUAUCUCCUUACCCUAAAUCCGGCUCCUAUUGCACCCGGAUCAGCUCCGAGAUGACGGACAACGUCUUCAUGGGGGUGCUAAAGGGGUUUGAGACGAUGAAUGCGGACAUCUGCAUCUGCAACGAUGGCGACAACUGUAACGCAGCAUCGGAAGUCACCUACCUGCUGAUCCCCAUGUUUUUUGCCCAGAUCUCAUUCAAAAAAAAAAUGCUACGACUUGGCAUCUUCGCCGCCUUCGCUUUUACAACGACGGUUUCGGCGGUAGCGCCGAUAUACUGUAACCAGUGCGCGACGACGGCAUUGCGGGAUCGAUGGUACGUCACCGGAUUGCCGAACUAUCCGACGUCGCUGAGCUUCACCGACGAAUGCAUGUACAACAACGAGGAUUUCACCUCGGGCAAUUCCAGCAGGGCCUCAUGUCCGACAUGCUUCGAGCUGACAUUUCCUCUAGAUGGAGCCCAACAGAUGGUGCGUGGGUGUUGGCGCGACUUCCUGGUCGGCUAUGAGGAUCUGACGACCGUCGCGAAUGACAGGUGCGAAUACUCGAGCGCGGCAACGAAUGACGGGGUGGCGGUGACGAUCGGCCCGACCAAGGUCACCACCACCACACCGAUGACCGUGUUCUACACGUGCCUGGCCGGAAAGGCCGACGGGAACCCGAACUACCCGUGCAACAGCAUGUUCGGCAUCAGCCAGACGGGGGGGAACUACGGGCCGCUGACGGGCGAGGCGGAUAAGAUGACCUGCACGCCGGCAAAGGAGAUCGCGACCGGCAAGGAGUGCUACUCGUGCAGCCACUUCGGGAAUGAGGGCAGUUGCCCCAGGAAGUCGAAGACCACCUGCAGGGUCGGAGCCUUCUGCACAAAGUUGCAGGGCAAGCUGGGGAAGAACGACAUCGUGAUCCGCGGAUGCGCCGCCCUGAACCCGUUCUCCGGCUCGGACGCGAACAAAGACACGUGCAUCGGCGUCGAAGGACAGUUCAGCUUGCCCGGGCUGUACGCGAGUGGCCCGAAAUACACGUUCCACAAGAACACAAAGCUGUGCAUCUGCAACGGCGACAAGUGCAACCCGGCCACGCGGCAGUCGAGCCUCCUCGCCGCCGCUUUCGCCCUCUUCGCCAUGACUCCAUUUCUGUUG